AUGUCACAUACUGAAUAAUCAGAAAUGCAUCCUGGAAUGUAAAUGAUGGAUAUGAGAAUGUAUAUGAUAAUAAAUUGGGAUUAUAAAGUUCGAUUUGUCUUUAAUACUUGGAAAUCAACUACAUAAGGAGAAUUUGUUGGUGGACUAUUUGUCACUAUGUUUUUCUGUGCUUUCCUUUGUUUAUUGCCAGUUUUAAAAGGGUUUGCAGAGAGAUAGAAAUCUUUAUUUUUGAAGAUAGUAUGGCAAUUACUAGCUGCUUCAUAGUCAUCUAUUACAAUGUUUUUGUUGAUGACUGUUAACGGUUGGGUUUUUCUUGCAAUGGCCCUUGGUAUCGGAUUUGGAAGUUUUAUAUUCUAUCCUCAAAUGCCCAUUAGCGAAAAACAUUAAAGAGAAGACGAUCAAUAGGUAUUGGAAAGAGUAAAUUGA